CGAGAACGGAUCUUUUCGAUGCCGUACUCGUACGCACGUGUACAUUCAAGAUUAUUCUUCCAAUAGGUUUUUCUGUAUUAGUGAUUAGAUCGGUAAACAAAAAAUAUCAAAAUGUCGAUGUAUAAUUUCAAAAAAAUUACGGUCGUGCCAACGGCUAAGGAUUUUAUUGAUAUAAUCUUAUCAAAAACUCAACGUAAAACUCCGACAGUCAUCCACAAGAAUUACAAAAUCACGAGAAUUCGUGCUUUUUAUACUCGCAAAGUGAAAUUUACCCAGCAAAGCUUUCACGAUCGUUUGAGCCAAAUAAUUCAAGAGUUUCCGAAACUCGAUGAUGUUCAUCCCUUUUAUGCUGAUUUGAUGAACGUUCUCUACGACAAGGAUCACUACAAAUUGGCUCUUGGACAAAUCAACACUGCGAGACAUCUUAUCGAUAAUGUAGCAAAAGAUUAUGUGCGUCUUUUGAAGUACGGCGACUCGCUGUACCGUUGCAAACAGUUGAAAAAAGCUGCCCUCGGUCGUAUGGCAACGAUAAUGAAAAGGCAAGCGGCAAAUUUGACUUAUUUGGAGCAAGUUCGUCAACAUCUAGCCAGAUUACCGAGCAUCGACCCGUACACUCGCACAAUAAUCAUUUGUGGCUUUCCAAAUGUUGGGAAAAGUAGUUUCAUAAACAAGAUCACACGAGCCGAUGUGGAGGUUCAGCCCUAUGCUUUUACUACAAAGUCUCUGUACGUCGGCCACACCGAUUACAAAUAUUUACGGUGGCAAGUGAUAGACACUCCAGGAAUUUUGGACCAUGCCCUCGAAGAUCGAAAUGUCAUAGAAAUGCAGGCGGUUACAGCUUUGGCACAUUUACGAGCUGCGGUUCUGUAUUUCUGUGAUAUUUCUGAGCAGUGCGGACACUCGCUCGAAGAACAGGUGAAGCUUUACGAAUCAAUAAAGCCAUUGUUUACGAACAAGCCUUUGAUGGUGGUUUUGAAUAAAGUGGAUGUGACCCGAUUGGACGAUUUACCAGCCGAGAAGCGCGAAGUCUUGGAAGAUUUGGAGAACGAUGCGGAAGUGCCGUUGAUGGAGAUGAGUACGAUAAACGACAUUGGUGUGAUGGAAGUGAAGACCGAGGCUUGUGAGCGUUUGUUGUCUUUCCGUGUCGAUCAGAAGAUCCGAACGAAAAAAGUGGAAGGUUUAUUGAAUCGUCUUCACGUUGCGAUGCCAGCACCGAGAGACGGAAAAGUUAGAGCGCCCUGUAUCCCCGAAAGCGUGUUAUUGAAAAAACAAGCAGCAGCAGCGAAGGCCGAGCGCAAGCGAAAAUUGGAACGAGAAAUCGAGGAAGAAAUGGGCGACGAUUACGUGCUCGAUCUCAAGAAAAACUACGACAUCGAAGGCGACCAAAAGUUCGACGUUAUACCGGAAAUGUGGGAAGGCCACAACAUCGCCGAUUACAUCGAUCCCGAUAUCUUCAACAAACUCAACGAACUCGAGAGAGAGGAAGAAUUGCGCACCGAAGCUGGUGUUUACGAUUACAAGGUUCCGGAACUCAGCGAAACUAUGAAAGAAAUAGAAAUGUUGGCUAAACAAAUACGCGAAACUAAAGCCAUCAUGAAGGACGAAGCAAGAAUACAAAAGGCAUCCACCAAACCUGUUAUGCCUCGCACUGCCGCUGCUAUGAAACGCGGAAGGUCCGUCUCUAGACUCAAGGAACAAAUGGAGGAUCUUGGUAUCGAUAUGGAAAAUACCAAGAAUGCAAACUUCACGAAGACUCGAGGUCGCUCAAGGUCAUCCUCGCAACCGGCGAAGAAGAGAAUGCGGGUCGAAUCGUUAUCUCAGUCACGAGCUCGCAGCAGUUCGAGACCAGCCCGCGACGAAAUGGGAGUCAAGGACGUUGUGAUGAAAACCAAACUGAAGAAUAUUGCCCACAAGGCAAUCAGCAAGAAAGUCAAAAAGAAGGGCCUCAAGGGAGAAGCCGAUCGAUUCAUCGGUACGAAAAUGCCGAGGCAUUUGUUCGCUGGAAAGCGAGGUGUCGGUAAAACCGACAGAAGAUAAAAAUCCACAUUAUAUCGAAAUUAUUAAUCACGAACGUCAAUGGAGCAAUAAACACACGAGAAACCUAUAAA